AUGCAGCAGGGUAUGCGCUUUGUCGUCAAGGAGGUGGAAGAAAUUGGCAUGCUUUUGCCACCGGUUGAAGACUGCGUUCUAAACAUUGGGAAAUUCCAUGGUAUGGUGAGCUUAGCUGCUUUCUUCCCAUUCAAGUCUGCUCAGGCUGCGCUAGAAAAUAUUAACGCCAUAUCAGAAGGUGUGGUCCACGCUGACCUGAAGCUGUUUCUGGAGACUAACCUGCCCGUAGGGGGUGUGCGUCUCCACUUCCACUCCCGGGUGAAGGGGCUGACUGCCCAGGCUGCCUCCAAGGCCCAGCUGGGUCUGGGCCACAGCUACUCCAGAGCCAAGGUCAAGUUCAACGUCAACAGGUCUGACAACAUGAUCAUCCAGUCCAUCGCCCUCCUGGACCAGCUGGACAAGGACAUCAACACAUUCUCCAUGCGUGUGCGUGAGUGGUAUGGCUACCACUUCCCAGAGCUGAUCAAGAUAGUGACUGACAACUCUACGUACUGCAAGAUGGCCCAGCUGAUCGGCAACAGAAAGGAGCUGAGCGAGGAGAGCCUGGAGGAGGUGGUGAUGGACGGUGCCAAGGCCCAGGCUGUCCUGGAGGCAUCCCGCAGCUCCAUGGGCAUGGACAUCUCUCCCAUCGACCUGAUCAACAUUGAGAGGUUCUCCAACCGUGUAGUCUCGCUAGCUGCCUACAGGCUGGAGCUCCAGGAGUACCUGCGCUCUAAGAUGAGCCAGGUGGCCCCCAACCUGGCUGCACUCAUAGGAGAUGUGGUGGGAGCACGUCUGAUCUCCCACGCUGGCAGCCUGACCAACCUGGCCAAGUACCCAGCCUCCACCGUGCAGAUCCUGGGCGCUGAGAAGGCCCUGUUCAGGGCUCUGAAGACCCGUGGCAACACUCCUAAGUAUGGCCUCAUCUUCCACUCGACCUUCAUCGGCCGUGCUGCUGCCAAGAACAAAGGGCGUAUCUCCCGUUACCUCGCCAACAAGUGCACAAUUGCCUCACGAAUUGAUGCCUUCUCUGAGGUGCCCACCUGUGUGUUUGGUGACAAGCUGCGUGACCAGGUGGAGGAGCGCCUGUCGUUCUACGAGACGGGCGAGGCACCUCGCAAGAACCUGGAUGUCAUGAAAGAGGCUGUGAUACAGGUGAGCUAUGACACUGACAUGGGAUUCAUCUUGUGUUUGCUAAUGGUGAGAACGGAGACGGUGAUCGUUGUGGUAAAGAAGCAUGCAGCAGAGGCUGUCCAAAUGGAGGAAGAGGCUCCAGCAGCAGAGAACGGAGACCCCAUAGCCAAGAAGAAAAAUAAACGAAAGAGUGAGGCAAUGGUGGUGGCCCCAGAAACACCCCAGACUGAGAAGAAAAAGAAAAAAUAUGCCGACUAG